AUGUCCCUGUCAAGUCUUGGGUGGAUCCUGCCAGGGUCUCAGGCUGAUCCCGAUGGGGUCCUGAUAAGGGCUAGGGUCCAGCAUUUCAUUCACAUAAUGGCAAUUGAUGAUGUCAUUUUUACAGUUCAUUAUGGGGUUAGGUUUAAUAGGCGGUAUAAGUGCACGUAUGUUGGUGGAAAAAUAGGGGUGUUUGAUGAACCAUAUGAUCUAGACUGUCUUUCAUUUAUUGAAAUUGAAACCAUAGUUAAGAGAUUUAGAUACCAACUAGGUGACUUGAUUUAUUACCUUCAGCCUGAUAAAGAAUUGGAUGAUGGGUUGGUGCUUCUAACAUGUGAUGAUGAUAUUGUUAGAAUGAGUGAGAUCUUUAUAGGACAUAAAGUUGUGGUGUUGUACACUGUGGCAUUUGGGCAUGGUAAUGAAGAAGUAUGUGCAAAUGAUGAGGAUGAACCUUGUGAUGAUGAUGAGAGAAGGAUGGCUGUUAUAAAUGACCUAUUUUGGAAGUCAUUGAUAAGCAGUGACGAUGAUGCAUGGGACGACAAGGCUGAACCUGGGGUCAGUACAUCCACUUUUGGGGAGGAGGAUGGUGAGGAUGAUGGUGAGGAUGGUGAGGAGGAUGAUGGUGCUAAGGGGGAUGGUGAGGACGAGGAUGCCGAUGAGGAGGAUGUUGAGGAAGAGGAUGGUGAUGCGGAGGUUGGUGAUUAUGGGGAUGGGGAUGGGGAUGGUGAUGAGGACAUGGAUGGUGAUUAUGGUGAUGGUGAUGAGCAUAGUGAAUCUACUGACAGGAAACCAAGGAACUUCUUAGAAGACCAUAAAAGCACUAGGAACACCCCCAAACAAACUCUCAAGUUCUAA